UAUAUUUGCAAUUGGAAGGCACUAUUUUUUAAUCUAAAUAUGAUUAAUAUUUUUCGAAUCGAAGUGUCUUUAUUACUUUUGACAAGGCUUUGUGUGACUUCUUAUACAACAAAAGUUCCUGUUGUUCUAUGGCAUGGCAUGGGAGACAGUUGCUGUUUUUCCUACAGUCUUGGCAAAGUAAAAUCGGUAUUAGAAGAGAAUAUUCCAGGUGUAUAUGUGAAGUCUAUAAGGAUUGGAACUAAUAAUAUUGAGGAUGUUGAAAAUAGUUUUUUCAAAAGUGUUAAUGAACAAAUUGAGCAAGUUUGUCAAGAACUAUCAAUGGAUGAAAAACUGAAACAUGGAUAUAAUGCUAUUGGAUUUUCUCAAGGAGCACAAUUUUUAAGAGCAGUUGCCCAAAAGUGUGGUGGUCCCCAAAUGCAAAAUUUAAUAUCUCUAGGUGGUCAGCAUCAAGGCGUUUAUGGUCUUCCUAAUUGUGCAUCGAUAAAACAUUAUUUCUGUGAUAUGAUUCGUCGAAUGCUUCAUUAUGCGGCUUAUACCAAAUAUGUUCAGAAUAAUUUAGUUCAAGCCCAAUUUUGGCAUGAUCCAAACAGGGAAGAAGAAUAUAGGAAAAGAAGUACUUUCCUAUCUGAUAUUAACAAUGAAUUGCAAAUCAAUGAGACUUACAAAAGAAAUUUGAAGAAACUAAAGAAUUUGGUAUUGGUAAAAUUUGAUCAUGAUCAAAUGGUACAGCCAGCAAUUUCCGAAUGGUUUGGCUUUUAUAAGCCUGGUCAGGCUGUAGAAAUUGAGACAUUACACAAUUCUAAAUUAUAUAUCGAGGAUCGCUUAGGAUUAAAAGAAAUGGAUGCCAAUGGUAAACUUCACUUUAUAUCAUUAGAUAGCAAACAUUUACAGUUUGAUAUCGAAUGGUUUAUCGAAGCCAUUAUAAAUAAGUUUUUAGUUUAAAUCUUAUUUGACAUAAUAG